AUGGAUGGUUAUUCAAGUUAUCAUACGAAGGCGUACUGGUAUAAUCGAAUGCCAAGCAGGCCGAUGGAGCGCUUUCUAACACGGCGUUCGAUAUCUAUUGUUACGGGCAGUUUGGCAUUCAUUGUUAUGUAUUGGUACAUAAGACGACAACGAAGGUUGAAAUGGUCUGUAAGUGAAAACAUAAAUAGAAAAGUGAGUGCAAAGUCAUGCAGUCAGAAGAAUUUUGACGAUCUGAAAGAGAGCAAAUCAAGUUCAAAGAAAAAUGUAGCGUUAGUAGUGAAGUUGAAUGACGAUGUGAUGUCGGGCGAUAACGCUGGAGAUGCUGGGAUGGAUGAUAACCAGUUUGAAAGGCAGCUCAAUGAUGACCUGUUAAUUGCCGAGUUGGAUAAUGAUGUGAUACAUGCAAAUGAUAUUCCUGUUUUAGAAGUCUCAACUAAUAGUUUAUCAGAAUCAGAGAAAACUCCAGUUGAUAGCUUACCUUGUGCAAAUAAGGUUUUGGUGGCUAAUGAAGAAGAAACUGUGGAAUAUUCCUCGAUUUGGAUGGAAUCUAAAGCUAAAGUAGGAAAUAUUUGUAUUACGAGAAAUGCAGCCGACAGACAAAAUGCUGAUCCGAACAUUGUUGAAUACAGGCCUUUAAACACAUCGAGUAGUUUUUGUGACUGUUGCUUCUGCCCUGAGAGGGCUUACGGUUAUCACUUUCGGAUUCUGUCACGUCGCGUUUCCGGUUUCAUUUCCGGAAAUUUACCGAGGCAUCCUUAUUCCUUUGCUUUUGAAUUGUUGCUCUUUUCACAGACGAAAGAACUAUUGAAGUCGCUGCGCGUUUGUGCUGUUGCCUUCCCAACGUACGGAAUGGAUCAGGUGGUUAUCACAGCCACAUCAACUACCUCGCUUAGUACAAGAUUUCAAAGUGGUAACAUCUACCACUACCCAAAUACCGUUUAUCCACCACUUAGGUCCUCUUACUUGGAUUCCGAGAAAUCAUGGCUAUCGAAUCUCCAUAUGGAUUGUUUCAUCUCACCGCCAGCUGCUGUUAGCUCGGCGGCACCUGCAACAACGGCACAGAUUUCACCGUCACCGCUUAUUCCAACAUCAUUAUUCCAUCCUCUCCAAAAUAUUCCUUUUAGUCUGUCCAUGAUGAUGCAGCACCCACCCACCACAGUAUCCAGUGUUAGCAACUGUACAUCCAAGACCUUAUCUGGUUCCGGACGGUCCAGUGCAUCGUUAAAUGCUGACGUUGUCCCAUCUUCCACCUGGGGAUCGCAAGAUAGUGGACGAGCAACAGGAGGUUUGGCUUCGUCAUUAAGUCCGGCUGAUGAUGCAGCACCACGAGAAAGCCCCGAAGUGCGGUCUGUUUAUGAGUUUGAGAUACCUAAUACAUUGGUUGGAUUAAUCAUUGGUAUCAAGGGUAAAACUAUAAAGGAAUUGUGUCUCCGUACAGAAGUGAAAAUGAUUAUCAGACCCCACCAUACACCAUCAAAGUUAGAAACGCACCAAAUUUGUGCUGUGGAAGGAUCACGUGAAAAUAUCAACAAAUGUCUGCGAAUGAUGCGACGACGUUUUCCUGCUGCUCGAUUUCCGGAAUUAAAUUUAAGGCCUGUGCUGCCACCAGCAUUUCCGGACCCACCAACAACACUUUACGGCACAAGACCAGUACAGUUGACAUUGCCGGAGGGCGAACGUUGUCGAGUAAUUUGUUCAGCUACCAUUGAUGUUGGCCAUUUCUUUCUUCAACAGCCGCAACAUCCGACAUUUAACGCGCUGCAACGGCUAGAUUAUUAUAUGCUUGGUGUCUAUAUGCAACCAGCGGGCGUACCAGAUUUACCGAAACCAGUAGACGUCGAUAAAUUAUGUGUUGCACCAGCUUUCGAUGGUUGGUAUCGUGCAGUAACACUUGACUAUUACCCUGAAGAAGAUGAAGUUAUGGUAAGAUAUGUAGAUUAUGGCGGUUAUGGUCGUAUCCCGAGAAGCGAUUUACGACAAAUAAGAACUGAUUUUAUGACGCUACCGUUUCAAGCUACUGAGUGUUAUUUGGCACAUAUUAUGCCCGUGGAUGGGACGACAAAAUGGUCCGAUGAAGCACUGAAGCUGUUCCAAACACUGACGCAGGGUCGCAUGCUGGAAUGUUAUGUUGUCGGGUAUCAUAUUGAAGACUCAAGACCUUUUGUCGAGAUAUUCGCAACCGAUGAAAAUAAUAGGGUAGAUCGAAUUGAUAGUGCUCUGUUAGAUGCAAAUCUUGCAAAGGCGUGGGAUCCGUCGAAGGUUAGACCAGUACUUCCAAGGCCAGUACCACCAUUAUCAAAUACACGUUUGCUUGGUCGUACUGGAAAUGAAGUUUUUGUUGCAGAAUGA